AUGUCAACAACCAAUUCAUCACGAAGUCAACAUACUGUACAUUAUUGUCCAAAUGUAUGCAAAUCAUCUCCAUCCUUGUGCUCGUCAUCUUCCUCUUCCUCCUCCACCUCCUCCACUUGCUCCUCAUCAUCAAUUGAAAAUUCUUUGAAUAAAAUACAACUUAAUCAGUCAAAUGAAUUUCAGAGACCACCACCACCACCAGCACCACAAUCACAGCAACAACAACAAAAGCUUGAUCAUUCAUUUUUAUCAAAGCCCACUGUAUCAUCCAGUUUAGCAUCAUCUUCACUAGUAACCACCACAACAACAACACCAUCAGCAAUGAAAUCAAGUCAAUCAUUAUCGUGUUCCCCAUUCACAUCAUCUGUUUUAAUGAAUACAAUGAGUAAAUUAACGAAAGAAGAUAUAACAACAGUAGAUUGUCAACUAUUCUCAGAUAAUUUUUUGAAACGUAAAUACGAUGAAAUGCAUCGAUUCGAUUGUUGUCAAGAGGAUAAAGAUUUAAAUUCAUUAAAAUUAUGCUGUUCACCAAUCAAAAAACAAUGUUUCCAAAAAACUAUUUCAAUGAAUGAAUUUAAACAAACCAAUGAAAGCUGUAAAUUUACUGAUCAUAAACAUUUAAACAAUCACAGUCACAGUAAUAAUAAUCAUAAUCAAUAUCCUAACAGUGAUGAAAUAUCAAAUCAAUUCAUGCAUAAAACCGAACAAACUUAUCAUAAACAUGAUGAAUUCAAUGUUUCAAUAGGUGAUCAAUGUUCAACAUCAUCAUCAGUCAAUGCAUCUUAUUCAAAUGUCAAUGAAGUGAUCAAUGCAUCAACAACAUCAUCAUCAUCCCCAUCAUCUCAAUCAUCUACAACCAAUUCAUUCUCACUGAUUCAUUCAUCAAAACGAAGUUUCAGCAUAAGUUGUUUAUUAGAAUGAAAACGAAACAGAAUUGAACA